AAGUACAAGUGCUUAUCACACUACAACACUACAACUGCUACUGAAAAGAUAGCCAAAAUAGUUCAAGCAAGAAUUACUAAGGUUCAUUUCAUGGCAAUGGCAUCCUUCGUGGUGGUUAUAUCUCUGAUGAUGGUGUGUUUGUUAGUACAAGCUCAAGGAGAUUUGAAACCAGAUUUUUAUUCUACUAGUUGCCCGAAAGUGGAGUCAAUAGUCAGGUCUAGUGUUGAGACUCAUUUCAAGUCCGAUCCUACCAUUGCACCUGCUUUGCUUAGGUUGCAUUUCCAUGACUGCUUCGUUCAGGGUUGCGAUGGUUCAGUUCUGAUAACUGGAUCUUCCGCGGAGAGGAAUGCGUUGCCAAACCUCGGGUUGAGAGGUUUUGAAGUGAUCGAGGAUGCGAAGAAACAACUGGAGAGUCAGUGUCCUGGUGUUGUUUCUUGUGCUGAUAUAUUGGCUUUGGCAGCUCGUGAUUCUGUUGACCUUAGCGACGGCCCCAGCUGGACAGUACCCAUGGGAAGACGUGAUGGCAGAGUUUCGUCAUCCUCAGAAGCCUCAAAUUUACCUUCUCCAGCCGAUGCCAUUUCAGUUCAGAGGCAGAAAUUUGCAGCUAAAGGUUUAGAUGAUCAAGAUCUUGUCACUCUAGUUGGAGCGCAUACAAUUGGGCAAACCGAUUGUUUAUUUUUCAGAUACCGUCUAUACAAUUUUACAACGACAGGAAAUUCAGACCCAACAAUAAACCAAGCAUUUACGUCUACGCUCCAAACUCUAUGCCCUGCUAAUGGUGAUGGUAAUAAACGUGUUGCAUUAGACAACGGUAGCCCAAGCAAAUUCGAUGUGAAUUUCUUCAAAAACGUUCGAGAUGGAAAAGGAGUUUUGGAAUCGGAUCAAAGACUUUGGGGUGAUAAUGCUACUCGUGCUAUAGUUCAAAAAUAUGCUGGUACUUUUAGGGGAUUGCUAGGGAUAAGAUUUGACUUGGAGUUCCGAAAAGCUAUGGUCAAAAUGAGUAGUAUUGAGGUGAAAACUGGAACUCAAGGAGAAAUUAGAAAGCUCUGUUCCAAAUUCAAUUGAUUCAGGAAAAUAUAUAUGCUAAUAUUAUCGGGGUGCUGGGGAAAUAAGUUACGUUGCUUGGUGUGAAAGAACGGUUUGUGAAACUGUGAUAUACACAAAAUAUACGUAUUUGUAGUGUCAGCUCUGCGAGUUCACUCUUUAAUUUCAUGUCAGUUUGUAUUUAAGUAACUACAAGUGUUGUAUCUGUGCAAACGCACGAGACUGUAUUCAAUAUAUGGGAUCUUUGUAUCAUGCAGCCUUGUAACGCAUAUGAAUCCGAAGCAUGCAUGUCGCAAUAAUAAUCUAUGUAUCGUCCACUUAGUUUUCUGUC